GGUCAGGGCGGAAGUGAACAUACUGUAAACAGGAAGUACUUUCAUUUUAUCUUAAAGUCCAGGUGGUGUCUGCUCAAGGGCCUAAAAGGCAGCAAAACCAGCCCAACUCCUGCUAAAUAGGCGCCCUGCCACCAACUCGUCACGUGGAGCUGGGGUUGGCGUUUUUGACAACAACCGUGUCCCGUUUUGGCCCCUGAGAUGACAUCGCAGCAGCCUCAACUCCACGGCGGGGGCCUUCAUCACAACAACGACUCGGCGCAUCAAGCCCGGCCUCAGAUUCAGGCCCACCCGCUGGACUCCAACCACAGCGCCGGCGCCACCGCCGGCCGUACGGACAACCGUGCUCUCCCGCGCCGGCCGGGAUGCUCCAUGAGCGGCGGCGUCUCCGCCUGCUUUGUCAACUCCAGCAUAUCCAGAGGGUCCAGGAGCUUCGAGCCCUGGCCCGAGGAGGCGGUGGACAAGUCGCACGGUUUGAACUCCCUCCACCGCAUGUUCGACAUAGUCGGGGCCCAGCUCACGCACCGGGACGUUCGGGUGCUGUCUUUUUUGUUCGUGGACGUGAUCGACGAGUACGAGCGCGGCGGCAUCAGGAGCGGGAGGGAUUUCUUGUUGGCCCUGGAGCGCCAGGGUCGCUGCGACGAGACCAACUUCCAACACGUGCUCCAGCUCCUGAGGAUUAUCACUCGCCAUGACCUGUUGCCUUAUGUCACGCUGAAGAGACGACAGGCUGUGUGCCCAGAUCCUGUGGACAAGUACCUGGAGGAGACGUCGGUGCGCUACAUCUCACCAAGAGGAGCCAUGAAGAGCAGGGAAAGUGUGCCUCACAGGAUGACAGGUCCGUACGUCGGCCCGUCCCGCAUGAAAGCAGCAGCUCCGGUACCAAACGGCAGCUGGAAGAGAAGCCAUUCCUCCGCCGACUUCAGGGAGAAGCAAACGUGCGACAUCCGCCUGCGUGUGCGUGCCGAGUACUGCCAGCACGACUCGGCCCUGCAAGGAAACAUCUUCUCCAACAAGCAGGAGGCGGUGGAGCGUCAGUUUGAGCGCUUCAACCAGGCCAACACCAUCCUCAAGUCCCGGGACCUGGGCUCCAUCAUCUGCGACAUCAAGUUCUCCGAGCUCACCUACCUGGACGCCUUCUGGCGGGACUACAUCAACGGCUCUCUGCUGGAGGCCCUGAAGGGAGUCUUCAUCACGGACUCCCUCAAGCAGGCCGUGGGCCACGAGGCCAUCAAACUCUUGGUCAACGUGGACGAGGAGGACUACCAGGCGGGCCGGCGCAGACUUCUUUGUAACUUAGUGGCCAGCGGGGACCCCCCGGGAGGAAGUAAAGACUGCGUGUCCUAGUCCCCCCCCCCCCCCACAGGAAGGACUACAAACUGAGGGACAGAGAUGAUGUUGCACAUGAGAUGUUUGUGUGCCGUGGGAGAAAAGCUCCCGUCAGAGAAGCGCAUGCAGGACUGUGUGGGCCCCAUCCCAGUAGGAGGCCUUUCCUGCACAAGGAGAGGCUUUUUUCUUGCUUUUAAUCCACGCACUUUUUCACCACAGCCACAAACGGCCUCAAGCUGUCCACUUUUUUUUAGUUUCCAGAUAAUUUAUUUUUUCAAGUCAAGUACGUUCCGUUCCGUAAAACACCCUCAAGUACUUCGGGCUGGGCGACACGGCUGCAAACUGGAUCGUUAUUGAUGUUUUUAUGACCUAUGGAAGGAAAAAUAUAUUUUAUUUGAAAUGUAACUCCCUCUGAUAAUAAUCCCCUCCGCUAUCAAGGCAGAAAGGAAAACAAUAAUACUAGAUUUUAUUUGUAAAAGCACUUUGCAUUGGGGCGGCAUAGCUCAGUUGGUAGAGUGGCUGUGCCAGCAACUUGAGGGUUGCAGGUUCGAUUCCCGCUUGUGCCAUCCUAGUUACUGCCGUUGUGUCCUUGGGCAAGACACUUGACCCACCUGCUCCCAGUGCCACCCACACUGGUUUAAAUGUAACUUAGAUAUUGGGUUUCACUAUGUAAAGCGCCUUGAGUCACUUGAGAAAAAGCGCUAUAUAAAUAUAAUUCACUUCACUUUGCAUUGAGAAAACAACCUCAAAGUGCUACAGUGCAUUUAAAUAAACAACGCGAGAACUACAAACUGCCACCAACAAGUAAAAUAAAUGGUAAAAAAAUACAAUAAAAACUCAAACAGCCUAAUGGCUUGAACUAGCUCACUUUUUAAACCUUUUUUAAAAGCAUCCACAGUCUGUGGUGCCCUCAGGUGGUCAGGGAGAGCGUUCCACAGACUUGGAGGUUGGAGGAGGUUAGCCUGUCAACAAAAUAGUCAAAUCGCAUUGAACACUUUACAAGAAGCUCUUAAAAACAAGGAAUAUGUAAGAAAUGCUUGAUAACGUGUAAGAAAAUAGUCAACAUAGAAACCUGAGAAGAAAUAUUUUCCGCAGAAAGUUACAGCUGUGCUCUAAAGGGCGAGCUAAGGUGGUGUGGUGUUAGCGCUCUUGCCUUGCAUCACGUACACACCACAUCGGGCUGACUUUUCCUCUUUUGUCCACAAUUUGUUCCUCUUCUCACUCCAUGCAAAGAGUCAACCAAACUUGAUAGUGGUUCGUGUUCCCUGAUUGGCUGUUAGCGUGUCACAUCCUGCGGUUGCUCGGUUACCGGAGAGCGUGCCUUUUGUUCCUGCAACCAACCUUGCUUCCAUGCUUCACCUUUCUUCCCGCCAAGAAGGGGAACAAAAAGAUCAAAUGUUUCAUGGAAGACAUUUUUUGAAAGGAUGAGAAUGAGUGUCGCCCAGCCCGUAGCUCGCUUCUCUUAUUUGGUGUCAGUCUUUCACUUACAAGCAGCCUUUUCUGCGCUGAGAAUACUAACAAUCAUGUUCACCAUGCAAAUGAUUUAUUUACCUAAUUUGACAGUUUCUUAGUCUGCCGACACUCCUCUACUUUUUUAUCUUUUUUAACAAGUUGAUGUUUUUGUUUGACUUGAUGGUCACGGCCGGCAGAAGAGGUUCCUUCACAGGAAAAUGUAGCGGAAUAAAACAUGGAAGCUGCUUUCAUCAAACGUGUCGUCCUCAAGAACUCUGGCUUUUUUUGGGAGGAAAAGGAAAACUUUGUUGUUUUCCAUCCCGUAAAAAGAAAGACAGAGUGAGAAGGAAGACUGGAGGAAGUUGUUGCCCAGCAGUGAUGAGAGCGGACUGGAAGUUGGGGAAAGUGCCGAGUUUGCGACUUUUACACGGCGGGUGGAAAUUAAAUAAAUCUUAAUGACUUAAAAUGUGUCCUUGAGUCAUAAAUGUAAUUAAAUACAUAAAUGUGU